GACCCUGGCAGGGGGUUAUUCCGGGCAACAAGUCCCCCGUCAGUUUCAAAUCAGGAGUUGUCAAUCCGGGUCAGGAGUCCCUCGCCACCUAAAGUCAGGGCACCUGUUAAAGUGCCAGAACGCUUCAAAAGCCUUGAGGCCCCUUCAAAGACGACAGAGCAAUUAAGAAGCCCUGAACCACCGAAAGCAUCUCUGAGUCCAAAGCCAUUUAUGAACAGUGAGCGAGAGCAAAAUGGCAUUGUGGGCAAAAGUGUGGUCAAUGGUCCAGCCAACGGGAAUGUCACCAAUGGCAACCAAAUGGAUCCUACAGACGAUAAGGGUCUGACACGGAAGAAAGUAGUAAAGGUGGUUCGUCGCGUUGUCAGGAAGGUUGUACCAACUGAAGAGGACGAGACCGCCGUGCCAACAAAGCCAUCAGACAUAGCUCCACAAGCAGCCAAGCCUGCUGCUGAACCCGUGAAAGCAGUGCCAGCUUCAGUGUCUAAGGCCCCAGUAAUGUCAGCAUUCUCUUUUAAACAUGACGUCAUCAAAACAGAAGAAAAAGACGACAUUUCGCGAGGAUUGACAAACCUCAUGGUCAGAGGCAGGACAAGAGAGCCCCGUCCACGAAUAAGUAGGGAUGAAAGACCAGAAAAAAUAGGGUUGGAGAAGCAAAUUGAGAAGAAAGAGGAAAAGGUUGUUGAGCCAGAGGUGAUCAAAGAGGAGAGGAAGGAGGAUAAAACCACCCUAAAGCCACAGGAGGUCGAUCACAAACCGACCAGCUCUGGCCCAGUUACACGAGAUGUCAAAUCUCCUGUUGCUGUAAACUCCCCCAGCAAGGCUAUUUCUUCCAAAUCCACUCAUUCCAGACCCUUAUCCCUUCCACCAAUUGUUGGCUUUAUUCCAGCCCCCAAGCCCUCACCUAUGUCUCCGCCUCCUGGCUUCGUACCUGCACCCAGAUCAACUUCUGCCACGAAACCUGUUCCUCCAAAUCCUCCUUCUGCCACAAAACCUAGUCCUACAAAUCCUCCUUCUGCCACAAAACCUAGUCCUGCAAAUUUUCAUUCUGCCACAAAACCUAGUCCUGCAAAUCCACCUUCUGUCACAAAACCUAGUCCUGCAAAUCCACCUUCUGUCACGAAAUCUAGUCCUUCAAAUCCUCUUUCUGCCACAAAACCUAGUCCUACAAAUGCUCCUUUUGCCACAAAACCUUGUCCUUCAAAUCGUCCUACCACCCAAGUGGCCCAGAGACCUCCCUCCCUCUCUCCUCCACCACGUUUCACCCCAGCCCCGAAAACCUCUCCUGUUGCAGCUCCUUUCAGCAAAGAUCCUCUCCGUCCCCACCCUGGUCCACUGUCUCCCCCUCAAGGUCUCAUUCCCAUUCAACACACUGCUGUCAGUCAACAAGAGGUACACAGACCACACUUUGCAUGUCUGGUCAACAUUGUGGACAUUGGUGUGGAAAUUGCACGACCGUUUGAAUUGCAUGUCGGAGAUUAAAGAACACUGUGGAGUUUGCACCAUAUUUGUGUGUAACCUCGGUGUGUCUUGGCUUUAGAGGUACUUGAGGGCCAUUGUUGUGAAGCUACGGAAAAUGAAAUGGAACAUUCAUUUUGUACCUUUCUUUACAAUAACUACA